UUUCGUAAGUUGAAGUCAGCCCCACAUGCAAAACAAGCGCAGAUUUAUUAGUAUUUAUGGACAAUCAUGUACAACAAGACAGCAUCCGAGACCCAGAGCUCAGACCUCCCCGUCCAGUGCCUGAAUUUUCCUAGCAGCCAUGUCGCCAGAGACCGACCAGUGCGUCCCACUGCUGCCGGAGAAGAAGUCUCCUGCCAGGCCGGCGUCGAUCUCCGGCGCGGUCUUCAACGUCUCGACGAGCAUUAUUGGGGCUGGGAUCAUGUCUAUACCGGCGACUCUCAAGGUUCUCGGGGCUGUCCCUGCGUUCGUGCUGAUUGUGGCCAUCGCGUGGCUCGCAGACGUGUCAGUCGAGUUUCUGAUGAGGUUCACGCACUCAGGGGAAGCCACGACGUAUGCGGGAGUGAUGAAGGAGUCAUUCGGGAAGGUCGGAUCCGUGGCCGUGCAAGUCUGUGUCAUGAUCACGAACCUCGGGUGUCAGAUCAUUUACCUUAUCAUCAUUGGGGACGUACUUUCUGGAAGUCAGCCCGAUGGAUCGGUCCAUCUGGGGAUCUUGCAGGAGUGGUUCGGUGUUUGCUGGUGGAACUCCCGAGAAUUUGCGCUCCUCUUCAUUCUAGCGUUUGUGAUGCUUCCCCUGGUCUUGCUACGCCGUGUCGAAUCUUUGAGAUUCAGCUCGGCUGUAUCAGUUCUUCUAGCAGUGGUCUUCGUUGCCAUCAGCUCGGUAUUGGCAAUCUCUGCGCUCUUGGAGGGGAAAGCGAAGAGCCCAAGACUGCUGCCUCAUUUGGAGAACCCAUCUUCGUUUUUCAACCUCUUUACUGCUAUUCCGGUGAUUGUGACGGCCUUCACGUUUCACUUCAAUGUUCAUCCAAUUAGUUCUGAGCUCGCAAAACCCUCCUAUAUGAUCACUGCAGUCAGAAUAUCACUUGUGCUCUGUGCUUCCAUCUAUUUCGCGAUAGGAAUUUUCGGCUAUCUGCUCUUUGGUGACUCUAUCAUGGCUGACAUACUCGUCAACUUCGACCGGAACUCAGAUUCAGCAAUAGGUUCAUUGCUGAAUGAUAUGGUCCGGUUGAGCUAUGCUCUACACCUCGUGCUGGUGUUUCCCCUCUUAAAUUUCUCUCUGCGAGCCAAUAUUGAUGAGUUUCUUUUCCCAAAGAAGCCGAUUCUGGCCAGUGACACACCUAGAUUCUUGUGGCUCACGCUUGCUCUGCUAGUCAUCAGUUACCUCGCGGCAAUUGCAUUUCCGAAUAUUUGGUACUUUUUCCAAUUUCUUGGAUCCACCUCUGCAGUCUGCCUUGCAUUCAUCUUUCCAGGCGCCAUUGUGCUGAGGGAUGUUCAUGGUAUUUCAACAGGGAAGGACAGGAUCCUUGCAGGGGCAAUGGUUGGCAUGGCAGCAAUAACAAGUACAAUUGCCAUUUCAACAAACAUAUAUAGUUUGAGCAGAUCAUAGUUGUUCUUUUCCUUCUCAUCUCAGUUUCUCGGCUUCUAUCUUGUCCUGGCAAGGCAUAGGUAAUGGUGUUGCUAGUGUAUGUUCUGCGAUGUAUUUGAGAUACAGAAAGCUUUAGAUUAUCUAGGAUUUUGUCCAUCUUGAGUUCUUCUCAGAGUUAGUGGAUCUUGUAAAAAUUUUACCUCCUGAAACCAAUGAAAGAUAUGGUGAUAUUACUCCA